ACGUCACUCACAUACGGGAAAGAUCAGUUCCGAAGUAGGCAAGCGUCUGGUCCGUGCGUGCAAAUUUUACGUAUAGAAAAAAAAUAGUCGUUUUUCUGUCAGCUGACACCGAGGAGACGGUUGAGCUAGGUUGUGCGUGUGUGUGUUUGCUGCGUGGCUGUGCUGUGUGCGUUUAAAAUAGUCUCCCAAAAUGUCGUUCCAGGACAAACUCACCGCGAUUAUGCAAAAGCCAGGCCAGGAUCCAAAUGCCAAGGAUGACGCACCCUGGUACCUCAAGUAUGGUGGUCGUAUAGUUGGGACCUUCGGCGGUUUCAUUUCAAUACUUGUGGGAGCAAUUGGUUGUCUUGGAAUUAUUCUGUUUAGUGUAUGGAGCUUUUUAUCUGGAAUUUGUAUGAUGCUUAUAGGAUUUCUAGUUAUUGUUGUUGAAGCUCCCUGUUGUUGUAUGUUUAUUGAGUUUGUACAAAAAAUCAGUAAUAUAGCAGAUAGCCGUCCCUAUUGGAAUAGAGCUGCUCUUUAUUGCGGGUUACCAAUUAUUCCUCUUGUCAUGAAUUUGACUAUUACUACAUUUUUUGCAUGUGCACUGAUAUUUUGUACUGGACUGAUUUAUGGAGUUAUGGCUAUUGGCAAAAAGGCAUCAAGAGACGAAAUGAGUAGAGCUGCAGCAACCGUUGACGGACCAGGAAUGUCAUCACAUACGAAAUCGAAUUUAGUUGAAAAUGCUCAACCAAUAGGUUUGAGCAACAGACCUGAUAGCAACGUCUGACCAUCGGAAGUGUUCCGUUUAAUAUUUGUGCGUGAUAUAUAACAAUUGUAAAAGCUGAACAGAUGAGUUUUAUAGACUUUUCUUUUUUUUAUUUUGAAAGUAUUUAGAUGUCCACCGAUGUACGCGUGAUUUAUUUGUGAUGACUACAUAAUUUUGAUUAUUGAUUGAAAUGUCUUUGUUCGUGAGAAACGUCAGAAAACAUUUUUUAGUUGAUUGAUUGUCUGUAACUAAAGGAAGGCUGAAUAUUAAUUUAAUUGGUUAUUGAAUUGUACUUUGUAAUGUUUAUUAAAGAACGAAUGUUAUUUAUGUUUGAUAGUAUAGCUUUUACUGACUUUUCUCAUGACAGUGUAAGUUUAUCUUUUUAAUAUAAAUUAUUCUUCCAACUUGUCUUCUUGGAUAUUUUGAUAUCAAAGUUAAUCGCAAUACUCUUUCCUCAUCAAAUACUUUAUCAACAAAUGUAAACGCUUAAGCGUCUAUAUUCAUUGGCUGUAUAGAGAUAAAAAAGCUUCUAUUGCAUAGGACAAUGAAUAAUUUGAAAGGGUUCUGAUUGCUUGUCUUCAUUUUUAUGAAAUAGCCAACUUUUUCAUACGUUUAAUAUCGUUGCUUUCUUUUAAUAUGAUUUUUGUACUUAUUUAGAUUUUGUUACUUCAGUUCCUGUGAACAAAAUCACUAAAAAAAGAAAUUUGGAUAUUAUUUUUGUUUCAGCUUUAAUAGCAUAAAAACUUGCAUAUUACAGUUUAUUUUGGUAAAGUCAUGGUAAAUAAAUAAAAUUAAUUAAAUUUACGCUCAUUUGUAAAUAACCGUUAUCAAAGACUAUCUAACCAGCGCUUAUAAUUUUAAAAUCAUUGAUUUCUUCCUCGACAUUCCUAUUGUUUUCUAUUUCUAAUUUAUACUGAUUAAAAAUGAAAGACUUACAACUGGUGAAGAAUUUGAUUGUGAUGCCCUGGUUACAUUGAUAAACUAAAUUAGACUCAUUGGUAAUUUAAACCUUUCUAGAUAAUUGACCCGACUACUUCAAAGAUUUUCGUCAACACUAAUUAAAUAAACAUCAUAGUCGUCUGUUUUUGAAAGAUCUUAAAUUGUCUCACAAUAGUAAAUGAAAAAUUUGUUUAAUGCUUCCAUGCACAGUGAUUUAUUCACUCUAAAAACGUUUAUGUUAUUUCUACGUUUUGUAUACACAAAAACAAUUGAGAUAUGUACAAAUAUGUAAAUAAUCUAUCGUAAAAUUAUCAUCAUUACAAAACUUCGCAAAUUUAUCAAGUUAAUUUUUUUUUGUAAUUUCAUUAAUUGACAAGAAUUUAAUGUUCUUAUAUCAUUUACAAUUUAAAUGUGAGCCAAAUAAGCAGAUGAUUGAAGUUGUUUCAUAAACAAACGAUUCACUUCAUAUGUUAAACUCUUCAGAAGUAAACGAGAGAAUUUCUUUCGAUGAUAGUCAUAGAAAUUUGACAUUGAGAGAAUCAUUUGAAUUUUUACACGCUAAUUCGAAAUUUACAAUUAUUUAGCAAUUGGUUUAUUUUAUUCCAUAUAAGUCAGCUAGGACAUAGCCUCCUAUGCUAUAUUGUAGAUGUAAGCUUACAGUUAAUGAGAAAAAAUAUUAGAAAAAUAUAUCCUGAUUGGUAGAGAAGUUAAGAGACAAGUGUAUGUAUGAGUGCUGUUAGUCGAAAAGCUGUAUAUUUAAUUUAAACUAGAUAUAUAUAUACAGUUGAUUUCCUUCAAUGCAAGUUUUAGCAGUCAUACCAAAUCAUGAUCUCUAUUAUAUCAGCUAUAUAUAAACUUAAAAGUUAUACUGUGCAGUUUUUUUGUUUUUUUCUAUAUAACAUUUCGAAAAUUGUUAUCUCAUUGUUUCAUCAGAUCAGUAAAAUUACUCCUUAGCAAUAUAUAUUGUUGAAUUUCUUCUGUCAAAGUUUUAGACCAAUAAUGUUCAAAUAUUGGUCCGUAUGGUAAACGAGUUCACAGUUUGGAAAUUGUGAAACUAUAAUAUGUAAUGAAUCUGUUAAAUUAUAUAAUAGUACGUCAUUUUAGACAUAAUUACAAUAUAAUAGAUGAGGUCAAAGUCUGUCGUUUAUAGCACGGCUAGGUAAUGUUUCAAUUCGUGUUCAUUAAAAGCAUCACCACAAGAAUAUGUAGCGGAAGUGUCGAUUAGAGAAUUAUUGUUAUGCUAAUAUUGUGUAGAAUACCGAUCCUCGCCUAAUUGUAAAAAUUACGUUUUCUCUCAGUUAUAAUAGUGUAAUAUAUAAAGUAUACAGCAAAAGGUAAAAAAUAAUGACCGUUUUGCGCUGAUUACGUCAAGGCUAAUAAUCUACUGUAAAAAAAUGUUAAGUGUACCGUGUUUAUUCCAUUUAUAAAUUGAGACACCCUAUCCUUGAUUUUAUAUGACAAAACUAAUGGAGAAGUACAGUAAAGUUGUUCUCACUCUUCUAUUUUAUCCCUACUUGAUAUUUGAGUAUAUGGAAAUGGUUUUUUAAUUUAAAAAUAGUCAAUGGGACAUUUUAAUUGUAUGUAUGUACCAAUUUGAUAAAAAAAUUAAAUUAUUCGAUCAUUUUGCUGUGCAAUUACGCACGCACGUACGCGCGCAAACACACACACACACACACACCUAUCGGUAUAAAAUACAAAUUCCCUUUUUCAGGAAUUAAAAAGUAUUUCGUGCAAUAUAAAAGUUGAAGAAAUGUUCUCCGCUGUUAAGUUUUUUAAAUAACACAAAUCGAUAAUAAAAAUUCAAUUGAGCACUUAUGAGUAUGAACCGUUAAUUUAUUUGUGAGAAAGAAGAGAAAAUUAAACCCUGUAGUAAUAAUAAUUAUACCUAAGCGGUUCCAUGAAAAUGAUCACACCUGUAUGUAUUAAUCAUAUCGACACGUAUAAAGUAUCAUCAUUUACACGCGUUAUUAUUGUAAUUAUCGUAUUUAAUCCGAAUCUUGUGAACUUUGAGAGUUCAUUGUGUACGUAUGUAAUGAAACUGUCAAUACAGAUAUCAAUAUCAAAUAUAA